AAGUAAGACAGCGUGACCAGAGAAAGAAGCUUUGGUAGCUGAGAGCAUUUAAGAAGACAGACUCCCAGUAAGCAACAGAAAGCUACAACUUGACAAAGGAGGCAGGUGUAGAGACUAAAACUUCUCGUGUGAAUGAGUUUUGUGCCACUGAGUACUCGUAUCUGAGUGAGCAUGCAGGUGUUGGAGAACAAGUUGUCGGCGCGACACUGCCUCACCUUUGCUACGGGGCUGGUGGAGUGUCUAUGCUUCGCAGGGGCCGUCUUUGGAUGGGCUUCUCUUGUUUUUGUCCUCAAGGUUGACGGCUACUUCAGCUCCCUGUGCUUUAACUCGACAGGAGUCAAUGACACUCAAAUAUUAGACUGCAGCGCGCAGGAUGAACAAUUCUCGCUUAUUUUCACCAUCACCGCCUUUAUGAACAACUUCCUCACACUACCCAACGGCUUCCUUUAUGAUCACUUUGGUACUACAGUGGCUCGGCUCUUCGCAAUAUUUCUUUAUACUGUGGGUACCCUGAUGGUGGCUUUCUCCUCACCAGCUCUGCCUUACCUACUCUUCCCAGCUCUCCCGUUUAUGGCUGUGGGAGGCAUCUUAUUUCUGAUCUCAAACAUGCAGGUUGGAAACCUGUUUGGCUCACAUCGCUCCACCAUCAUCAAUCUUUACAAUGGAGCUUUUGAUUCUUCCUCAGCACUCUUCCUAAUCAUUAAGCUGCUACAUGAGUCUGGCGUCUCUCUUCGUGCCGCCUUCCUCUUUCUGUCUGCCUGCAGCGUCUUUCACAUCCUCAGGACGUUCUUCCUGCUACCCAGAAGCUUCAUUCCUUACCCACUGCCUGAUCGCUAUGUAUAUGGGAUCUCUUGUGAUGCAAUACAGACUGUGAGCAGUGAGCUGACUGCGAAUGGUCAUACACAAUCAGCAGUGGAGGACACACUGUUUACAAAGGAUGUCCCUUUCAAACAAGAGAAGACUUUCCGUGAGUGUUUGCUGUCCAGGUUCUUUGUGUGCCACCUGCUUUGGCUUUCGUUGAUGCAGCUCAGGCACUACCUGUUCAUCGGCACUCUCAACCCCAUGCUGCAGAGGCUAACAGAAGGAGAUUCCUCACUGGUGAGCCAGUACACCAAUGCCUUUGCAUUCACCCAGCUGUGUGCUGUGCUGUGUGGCCCCUGCAAUGGCCUCAUUAUGGACAGACACAGGAGCAAACCUCGAGCUGCAGGAGAGACCGAGCACGAGGCUGACCUGCGGGCCUCGGUGCUUUCUUUAUUCCUGACAGUGCUGCAGUGCCUGUUGUUCUCUCUAUGUGCCUCCACCCCAUACCUGCGACUUCAGUACCUCACCUUCAUCCUGCAGGUGCUGAACCGCUCCUUCCUGUAUGGCGGCAUCGCAGCCUUCAUCAGUGUAGCAUUUCCGUCGUGUCACUUUGGGAAGCUGUAUGGUCUUGCUAUGUCGCUGUCUGCAUCGUUUUCUCUGCUUCAGUAUCCCUGCUUUGCUCUGGUGAAUGGAGCACUGGGUGGAGAUCCUUUAUAUGUAAACAUCGGCCUAACGCUGCUCAGCCUGCUGGCCUUCAUACAUCCCCUCUAUGUCUACCUUCAUUGUCGAAAAGUUGCCUCUCAGAGAGACAAGAGAAAAACCAUCGCUUCCUCUUCUUGAAGAGCACUGACUUGUGGGACAAUGUUACCUACAUAUGACUGUGCCAUUAAACAAGUGGAAACAAACACAUUUUCCAUUCAGUACACACAAUGGUAACCCAGCAAUUUGGCUUAAUGUAUAAAAAUUUAGAAAUUGGAUUUUUUGUAUUUAUCUCAAGCACAAAAUAAACCAAUUAUGGAUGGAACUACAAAUAUUGUAAGGUGCCAUUAAAUGUUACAGACAGGAUGAGGCUUAUUUUCAAGAUAAUUUCUCAAUAACCACAGUGGUUUGCCAGGAGCUUCACAGUUUAGCUGAGCCACAAGAAGCACCCUGUUGCUGAAGGGGGGUCUGUUAUUCACCAACACAUACAGCUUGUUUCUUUAUUCCACUCCAAAGAUCACGAGUAUAUAUGAAAUCUGCUGAGGUAUUAAAGUUGCCACUUGUUGCUAAGGUCAGAAAAGGCCCCUUCGCAGAAUCAACUUUGAUUUAAAAAAAAAAAAAGAAAACAUUCACUUACAUAAACGUUAUUGGUCAGGAGAGAAGAACCUAACAUCAGUGUCCCCCCUGAAAUUUUUCAGCUCAUUUUGAUGGAAACCCAAGACCAUGAGGUAUAUAUAGGCACUUUAAGUCUGCCCUUUGUUCUCUUCCCAGUAGGAUAUAUCCUCUUAUGUUGUCCUCCGCUUUAAGAAAUUUGGUCCAUCAUUCCAAUAUGUCACACCAAAGGCAUUUUCAAAGUACUUCAUGCACCAGAGUCUUGCCAACCACAACAGCCGCACAACAAGUCUUCAGAGGGAAUCUCAUCUAAUCCAUAUACCCAGCUGUCUGGAGUUUUUUAAUUGCCUCUGACUCUUCCAAUGAGGCGAUCAGCCAAUCUUUCCCUGCACCUGCCCAUCAGGUGUUGCCACUGUACCACAUUACCGAGGACCUCUGUAUACUCCGUCCACUAUUGAACAGGAGAAAGUAUAUUUCUUUUUUUGUUUUACCUUUUAUAACUGAAUAUUUUUUAUUAAGUUAUAUGAUGCUUGAAUCAGUUAUUUUUAGUCUGUUGCAAGAUUUUAUCUCUUACUUGGAGCAAAACAAAAGCUGAUUAUGUGGUGCUAAUAUGCCUCGUUGAGACCUCAUUAUUUCCUUUCUGUAACAUCUGUGACAUGACUAAUGCCCCGUGUUAUUGCUUUUGUUUGUUUGUAUUUGUUGCAUGUGCCGGAUCAUAUGUUGGUACUAUGUAUUGUGUUCUGUAGUAAAUGCCUAAAGCUGAAGGUGAAGCAUAUCCUAUUCAGAGCUCUUCAAGUCAUGUUUACUUUGCUUUAGUGAUUAAAAAAGCUUCGACACUCUUCAGAACAGUGACUUCAUUAGAAAUAGUAGGAAUUAAAUAUGAGACUUAAUCAAGACUAUUGCUUUGCUGUGAAACCUAUUCAAUGAACCCCCAGGAAUAGUGCAUGGCAGCAUGUUUCUGCCAUCUGCUGGCUUCACAACAGACCUGUUGCAAUAGACUCCUUAAAUAUUGGUAUCACCUCAGACAAAAAAAGUGUCAUGGUGGUAAAUUAAAAUGAAUCUCAUGGGCUCAGUGCUUUAGAAAAGGAGAAGAUAUUUUCAAAAUACUUGCAGAAUUCAUGUAAAGUAAAGCAUCACAUGGAAGACAU